AUGAAGCCGAAAAACUGCGGCAGAGGAUGCUUGUGCACCAAAGCAUCGAUGACAUCUGGAUUAAAACAAAACUUGCUACUUAUAUUGACAUUAUGUGGAAUUGUGAUUGGUUUUUUCCUUGGAUUGGGAGUGAGGUCCGCGAAUCCAUCUGAUGGCGUUAUUAUGUGGAUAGGAUUGCCAGGGGAAUUGUUUAUCCGUAUGCUGAAGAUGAUCAUUCUUCCUCUGAUCGUUGCCAGCUUAAUCACAGGUGUUUCCUCGCUGGACCCCCGUUCUAAUGGUAAGAUUGGCGGUGUUACUAUUGGCUAUAUAUGCUUAACACAAGCAAUAGGUAUUAUCAUUGGAAUUGUUCUUGGACUUGUAAUGCGACCAGGGGAGAAAUUCAACCAAAAUGCGCCACCAGGUUACAACACUGGCGAGCCAAUUAUAAGUUACUCCGAUUUAUUUGCGGAUUUACUCAGAAAUAUGGUACCCGAGAAUAUAGUUCAGGCAUGCAUGGAGUCUAUCCAUACGUCGAGAAAAGAAGUGAUCAUAAACAGUGCGUUGAACAUAACUGAGAUCGUAAAGGAGAGAGAUUAUCGGGAUGGAAUGAAUGCAUUGGGUAUCAUCAUAUUCAGUAUAGUAUUUGGAAUUGCCGCAAGUGCAACGGGGGAUUCCGCCAAGCCUGUGUUAAACUUCUUCAGUGGAGUAAAUGACAUCGUCUUUAAAAUGAUGACUGCAAUUAUAUGGUACUCUCCCAUAGGGCUUGGUAGUCUAGUUGCCUAUGCUGUAUUAAAGAUAACAGAUCUUUAUUCAGCAUUCCGAUCCCUUGGAUAUUUCUCCCUGACCGCCACCAUUGGUCUCUGCAUCCACAGCUUCAUCGUUCUCCCGGGAAUAUACUUCAUAGCUUGCCGUAAGAACCCGUUCAUGUUCAUGUUUGCAGUUUUCCCUUCGGUCUUGGCAGGUUGUGUUCCUGCAUCCAGCAUGGCGGCUCUACCUUAUCUAUUUCUCAACACGGCAGGGGUUGGGAUAGACGUUCGGGUUAGCAAGUUUGUGCUUCCACUCAGCAUCAACACUAAUAAAGAUGGCUCUGUAAUAUUUAUAUGUGUGUCCGUGCUGUUUGUAUCACAGAGUAUUGGGAUUACAUUCACAGCAACUCAAAUAAUAGUGCUAGGAUGUCUUUGCUUUGUAUCGUCGUUUGGUGUUGCGAUGGUUCCAAGUGCAAGUCUAGUAAUAGUGGUUUUGCUAGGCAGCGCUCUAAAUAUGCCCCUGGGUGACUCUUUAGCACUUAUCCUCACACUGGAAUGGCUCAAUGAUCGUCUAAGGACGGUUACUAAUGUUCUCAGUCACGCUACAGGAUGUGCCCUUGUAGAUGCAAUUUGCCGGAACGACCUUGAUAACACUAACUGUUCUGAUGAUACUCGAAACAACGAUCCUGAAAAGGGCGCUCGAUGCGACACUAACACGAUGCCAAUAUAGAUGAGUGGAUCCAGUGAUUACUUAAAAAGAUUAUAAUGACAGUUCAUGAAAAUAAAAAAACGUUUUCAGUUUUUGUAUCUUAAAGUAUAAAGGUGCAAUGUUUGAUAAAAGCACAAUAUCAGAGUAACCCCCUGAUGUUUUGGCUCGGAAAGAUUAUAAGAAGUUAUCAACUUACCAACUUUGAGGCUUCAACUAAAUCGUUACAUGAUCAAUUUGAUGGUUGUUCACAGAUAUUACUUUUCUACUGGCUAGUAAUAAAG